AUGGAUAGAUUCAAGAAACUUCAGCCGCUUGUGUUUUCCAAGAUCAGUUCGGAGGCGAUGCAACCAAAGAGAUGGAUUAACUCCUUGGAGAAAGCGUUCGACGUGUUGGAAUGUACCGAUGUCCAGAAGCUGAUAUGCGACGGGUACCAGUUGCAGAAUGAAGCCGAAGUAUGGUGGAAGGCAACGCGACCAAAUCUGGAGGCGGUUCAUCCCAACUUUACUUGGGAUCAAUUCAAGGAAGUUUUCUCUAAGAAUUACUUUCCUGAGAGCUUCAAGGAUAGGAAGGAAGCCGAGGUCUCUACUCUCGUGCAAGGGUCAAAGUUGGUUUUGAAUUACCAACAACAGUUCAAGGACUUGUUCCAUUUCACACCAGAACACAUAAAGGGGGAGGCUAGCAAGUCGAAGAAGUUUGAGAAGGUGCUCAAGUCUGGGAUCGGAUCCAUUCUGUCGGUCUUAGACAUACAAGACUAUGCACAGAUGGUCAACAAGGCUAAGAUCAUGGAAGAUAGACUGAAGGAGAAGGCCACUGUCGUCAAGACUAGGCAAAAGGACAAAAAAUUUAAAAAAUUUCGGUUGGCUAAUCAAGGAAUUCUGAGGAUCUAG